AAGCAAGCAGAUAAGUCCUUAGCAUAACUGAAUUGCAUUGGAAUAGCCUCUGGAGGUGGCUUUAUCACAUGCUCAUGCGUCUCGCUAAGAGAGAGAUCCUAGUCUUGCAGAAAGGUCUUUGUUUCUAUUUGCUGUAGAAUCUAAGCUUGCCUAAUGUUUACCCCAGAAUUUUACUGGCACCUUGGCCAACUUCAGCCCAGAUUACUGUCAUAUUUCUGAUCAUGUUAUGUACAGUAAAAUUGUCCACUUACUUGUGUCUUCCACAGCAGAACCUAAGCCAGUUUAGAAAUCUCCCAAAGGUUACAACUUCGCACUCAGCCUACAUUCACCACAGCAGAGUGGACAAAACAACUUCUUUUAAUUUGUUACAUCAACUGGAAAUAAUGAGCCGACAGUUAAGGUGAUCCAGGAGACCAGCACAAUUCUCAGACAUGUCAUCAGCAUAUAAGACUGGGUCUACCACACCCAGUUCUGCCGAAUCCCUACCAGCUCUAGUUCUUUUAACCCAAAGCCCAGCAGAGGAGACAACUUUGAACCAGGAUUUGCUGAUUGGUUCAGCUCUGGCAAUAUGUGGAAAUCUGCUUAUUAGCAUAUCUCUUAACAUCCAGAAAUUCACUCAUGUACGAAAUGCCAAACGAGAGGAGUCAGAGCGGCUUCACUAUACUAAGGAGCCCUUCUGGUGGCUGGGCCUGUUCCUUAUGUUCUGUGGGGAGAUCGGGAACUUCUCGGCAUAUGGAUUUGCACCUGCGUCUCUGGUUGCCCCUCUGGGUACAACAACAGUUGUAGCAAACUUGUUCCUGUCAGCUGCUAUCCUAAAGGAAAAAAUUAAACCAGAGCAUCUUUUUGGCUCAGCUCUUGCUGUUGUUGGGGCCUUUUUACUGGUUACAUUUUCAAAGAGGACAGAGAAAGUCUUUGAUGCCAAACAGUUGGUAGAUGCCUUAACCCAGACUGCAUUUAUUGUCUAUGUGUGUAUUGAGAUUGUCGCUAUUAUUGUGCUAUUUGUCCUUCUCUACAAAUUUGAAAUGCAGUCAGUUCUAGUCUACUUGCUGAUUACAUCUCUGUUGGCCUCAUUUACAGUGAUCUCAGCUAAAGCUGUAUCCAGUAUGCUGCAGGUUACUUUCGCUGGCUGGUCACAGUUUCGAUACCCUAUCUUCUAUGCCAUGCUUCUAGUCCUGGCUGUCACAGCUGUCAUACAAAUCAAAUAUCUGAACCAGGCUAUGAAGUAUUUUAAUGCAACAGUGGUUGUGCCGACAAACUUUGUGUUCUUCACAAUAAGUGCUAUCAUUGCAGGAAUAAUCUUUUACAAGGAGUUCUGGGGGAUGUCAGCUCUAGAAAUAUGCAUGUUUUUGUUCGGAUGUGUGAUGUGCUUUGUGGGUGUGUACUUCAUCACAGUUGGAAGAGAAUCCACUCAAGAUUCUUCCCAAACAGAAAAGCCUGCAAAUGAGGAGCCAGCUAGCCGCCCAGUGCUCGCUGAUAUCAUUCCUACCUGGCUGUUGGCGGAUGUAAACAUGGCACCAGUACAGCCACGGGGUAAUGUCAACCACCUAUCUAAUGCCCCAGACACCCGUCCUAUUCUUCCUGAGAAAACCUCUGAUGGCAGCAGCUCCCAGGAUACACUGUAUGACACACCUGGUGCCAAGGACAGUCCCACAGCAAGCUACGGGGCCACCCAGUAAAUCUGUGCACUCUGCACUGGGUUUAUAGGAAAUUAAUCACCACCCUAAUUGUAUACAUGAAGAUUAGAUGGACAUGAAGAUCAAAUGUCAUGAAUUCACAGAAGUUGCCAAAAGAGAAGCAAAAAAGAAAAAUUAAGUUUGCUUCUCUGGAAGGUGAAAUGUUGUGCUGAUGGUAUUACUGUGUUUAAGGCCUACUUUACAGAUUGUGAGACAUCAGUGAAUGAAUGAACAUCUAGAAAAGCUUAUCUAAAACAUCUCUUGAACAUCUGGAGUAAAAAAUUGAAAGACUUGCUAAUUUAACCCAGAAUGGCAUAAAUAUGUAUUUUAAAUGUUAGCUGUUAAGAAACUUGUAAGAGGUAACAUCUCGAGUUGUUUUCUGUUCGAGGAUUCUUAUUAUAUUUUGUACUUUUGUUUUUGUACAUUAUCUUUGUGAAGUAAAAUUUUGGUGAUCAAAUAAUAUGCGAGUAUUAACAUAAUUAAGUUCAAUGACCAAUAUUUAUAUUUAUGAACUGAUAUUCCGUUCUGUAUUUUUUUUUUAUGGAUUUAUAUUUUUUGAAUUGCAUAUGCUUAUUAGAUGCACUACAUGCAUAGCAUUAUUAAAACGCUUACCUUUUGUAAGGUAUAUGUUAAAGUCAUAAUAUAUUUUCAGUCUCCAGUAACUAGUGUUACAUCAACUUAAAAGGGUGUAUAUUAUAAAAAUUUGUGAAAUUAAAAUGGUUGAAUAAUAUUUGGAGCAUUUCUGCAACCAAUGCUCAGAGAGGACAUGUUUUGUUUCAACAUAAAUUGAACUGGCUGAAGUCAAAUUUGUCAGAAGUGUCAACACAUGUAGACAGAAUAGAUCUCAUUUCCAUCACCCAUCUUUUUUCUGUUUCUUGCAAUACACUCCACAGCCAAACUGAUUGUCAAAGCAUGGUGGAAACAAUUGUGGAAACUUCAUAGUGCCCUGAGUUGAGUCUUGACCACUACAUGUAACAGCUUCUUUGAAAGCAGUCAGGAGGCCUUUGAUCAGAAAAAGACUGCUUAGACAGAACAGUAACGCACAUGUAUAACUGACAAAGUAGCAUUGACAUGUUUUUUAGAAUACCCAUUAGCUACACAUUAGCUGAUGCCAAUUAAAUGUCAUAGUAAGAGAAUGUACAUGUAUAUGCAUUUACCUUAAUUGGGCUUCUUGUAAUAGGUCUAUUUGGAUCACAAAAAUACAUCUUCUGUAGCCCCUGAGCAAGUCCUGAGCGAGUCCUAGGCCUGUACUUGUACUGUGAGAAGUUUUAUGGUCCAGUUGAUGACAACAUAAAAUAGGGAAUAUUUAUGGGCUGAAAAUUGAGUAUUAAGUAAGGUUGUUCAAUUUGUUGAAAACAUUACAGG